AUGUUAGCUGAUCAGCUUAUCAUAUAUUUCAAAUAUUUCGAAAAUAUACAAAGACAAUAUAAGUGCUGUGGAAUAUAUUCUAUAGAAGACUGGCUUGAUGUAACCCAAUACCAGGGAUUGUUUACUGAACUAAGUAAUGAAUUACUGGAUCCAUGGGAAGGGGUUUCCAAUAGUAUUCCGAAAAGCUGUUGUAACCUAGAGGAAACAGUUAGUUGUUCUCAAUAUUUUCUGAAAUCAAUCAAACUGACAACAUAUCAUUCCACAAACGAUCAAGCACUUCAUAACAGUACUACCUUUAUUUAUACAGACGGGUGUUUGAACAGGGUAGCUGCUGAAGAACGACAGAUAAUGUACACUUUUACUAUUAAAUACGGCAUUAUAGGCAUAUGUCUACAUAUCAUACGGUUGACUAUAUUUUGUGUUGUCUAUAAUCACACUGAAAGAAAAAAUUUAAAUAAACUUGUAGAAAUCAAACAGUACUCUUUUACGAGUUCAGUUCAUUUCAGUCUAUUGAAAAACACUCGUUACAUAUCUAACUCACACUUAUCGAUUGCCUGUGGAAGUUAUUGGCUUUUUGGACAACCAGCUUUUACGCAGCUACAGUUUCGAAGGUUGAAAUCACAGUGGUUGGAAAAGAGUAUACGUAUAGGUUGGAUGUUUUACAAUAAAGACAAACAUUACGUAACAUUUCUACAUCGAAUAAACUUUCGGAAAAAAGAUGUACAAUUGAAUGAGUUUCGCCAGUUUCUGCGCUAUUCGAUACCAGCUUUUGAAAUGAUAAUCUAUGCUGACGGUAAUGAUAAAGAAGAGAUUGAAGCAAAUAUGAUCUACGGUGGUUAUAUUUCACGACUCUCAAGAAUGAUAUGCUUCUUGUUGUUCGGGAUCUUGAUUGGUGAGUUCUUCUUAGCAACAGUAAUACCUGUUAAAAAUGAAGCUAAUGAAUUGACUGCUGGUGAUAAAAGAAUACCAGAUUAUAUUAUUCAAAGAGAUGCUGAAGCACUGGCAAAUGAUGUCGAGUGGAUAGCUAGAAUAUUUAUUCGAAUUACAAUCACACUAACUGCCCUGGUAUCAUGCAGAUUUCGUUGUCUUCUCCUAUUAAUAAUUCCAAGCUUAGCGCAGACAAUUGGUUUAUCCUAUUUAGGCAAUGAAUUGUUAUAUGUGUCUAUAACAGGACCUGUUCAAAAUUUAGAACAUAAUCUUCGUUCAGCGUCUGAAUCAAUAAUUUGUUUCAUUAAACUAGCCUACAAUAUGACAAGAGAUAUAAACAAUUUUCUGGAGAGGGGUAAAGAAGAUAUUGAAUCAGAAGGAGAUUUAAAUUAUAUUGAGACUAUUAAAGUUAGAUCUGCUCAACUUAAAGAAAAAAUAAACCAAUAUAACGAAUCAAUUCAAAAUAUCAAUGCAGAAAUUCAAAAAGCGAAAACCAUGGUGAAACGUGCUGAAUCUUUUCUUGGCUCAAGUAUUAAUGAGACGAAUGUAUAUGCCCGUAUAUCUAUGGAAAUGGCUAAACAGGCUAAACAUGAAAUGAUUAAAACAGCUAAAGCAAGUAAAGAUAGCAUCAUUACAAUGUUGAAAGACAAAAGCGUCAAUAAAAGUAUAAUAAAACAAAUAACUGAUCGUAUUGAGAAUGGCUUACAAAUAGAAUACAGUAUGGAAACUCGUAUGCAAAAAACAUGUAUGGUCUUCUACAAAACACGUUCAAUGAUAUGUGAACAAUCAUCAAUUAAAGCAUGUAGCCGUUUACAAACUAUUCUUAUUGCAACAACACGCUAUCCCUUAUUGAUAAAAAAUACUUGUCUACGAAAAAUUGCUUCUGGUGUAGCGUGUCCAACUGAUCAAGCACUUGAAAAUGCAAUAAAUCAGUGUAGUUCAAGUUUAGCGAAAAUAGGCUAUUCUAGUGGAUUCGGUCCUUUAUUUUUACAAGCUCAACAAGAUUUAUAUAAUAUUAAACAAACAUUUCACUUUACCAUACAACAUAAAUUGUUUCAAUUUGAACAAAUCACUAAAUGGUUUAAUCAAAGAUCUAGAGUUAUUGAUCGUGUAACUAAACAUACAAAAGAAAUCAUAUAUGUUAUCAUUAAACUGAGUUUAAUUUUAACUUAUUUAUUAAGAACAAUUUGUUUAAUUGUAUUUUAUAAAGCUCAUAUUUACAUAACAAAUUAUUUAUUAGAUCCGGAUCAUGAUAAUAUUUACAUUGAAUCACCAUUUGAAAAAAUUGAUGAUAAACGUUCCAAAGAAUUACGUGAAACAUUACUACCAUUAAAAACGUAUGAAUUAAACAAUAUAAUAUGGCAUCAAAAAAUGUAUACAAGAAUUGAAUUAAAACGUGUUAUUCAAAAUUUAAUUAAAGUAGUGGGUUUCAGUUUUUGUUUAUCUAUCAUAUUCUUUAUUGAUUUUUAUAUGACUGAAUUGGUUCAAGUAUUAGAUGAAAUAUCAAGUACAACAUUUAAAGUUACUAAUGAAAUAAAUAAUAAAAAUUAUACAUUUCAACAAAUUUAUUCAAUAUCAGAUAAAUAUCAAUUCAUUUUAAAAGGUAAUGGAAUCUUUACUGAAUUACUUCAAAAAACCAUCAAAAUUUUACAAUAUGCUAGUGAAAUAAAUCUUAUUUAUAAUUUAAAUGUAUGUAGUCCUAAAGUUGAAUUUAUAAAGUCUAGAUACUUUGUACAUUUUAUUAUAUUAUGGUUAUUAAUGAUAAUUUUUUGUUUAUUAUCUGGUUAUAUAUUACGUUUAAGACAUAAAUUAUUAAAUAUUUUUUAUCCAAAUUGUUCAAAAUAUCGUUUUAUUUAUUUAUAUAAUAAAUUAUUAGUUAAUAGACGACGUCAAAUGACCACUUUACGUAAUUUAAUUGUUUAUCAAUCACGACAUAAUCAAUUACAAAUACAAAUUACAAAACGUUCGUAUUAUUCAUUAUUAGAUAAUUUAUUUAAUAAAAAUAAUAAAAUUAAUUGUAUUAUAUGUAUGGAAAAAUAUAUCAUUAAUAAAAAAUCAUUAUUAUAUAUAUGCCCAUAUGAUAAUACAGUAAUAUGUCAAUAUUGUUUAAUUAAUUUAUUUAAUAAUCAUAAAAUAUGUAUUACUUGUUUAGAUAGAAAUUAUCAAAAACUACAAAAAAUUAAUAAUAAUAUUUCAAUAUUAAAACAAAUUAUAAUUAAUCAAUAA